AUGUCCAACUACCCAGAGUUUUAUGCAGAAUGGUCUGAAGAUGAUGUGACUGAACUGCUUAUGAUGGUUUCCGAAGCCAGUGACGAAGUUUCUCCAGUAUCUAUUCCAGAACCCUCGGAUGGAAAUCGAGCAGGGGCAUUCCUUCGAUAUUUUGCACAACGAACCCUAGAAUCUGUUGAGGUCUCUCGACGGCGAGCGGAGUCCCAACCUCUGUAUCUUGAAGCUGCUCAGAAAGAGGCAAAACACAGACAGGAGAUCCUCCGAAACAGGUCAAACAAUUCUGAAACUCCUAUUGAAAUUUCACCUGAUAAACCUGAUGAUUCUGCUACCCCAUCUUGCGUGCCUGUUAUUUCUGAAAAUUUAACUGCUUUGGAUUCCGAGAAUCCCCCUGUGAAUGUUGAUUCUACAUCUCUGCCUUUGAGUGAGUCUGUUGAUGUGAAAACUGAUGUCUUGCAUGUGUCUUAUGAGAAAGAAAAGUCCUCUGAUGAGCCAAAUAAAUUUAGUUUAGUUGUUUAUGCUUCUGAUAAUAUUGCUCUGCCUCCGGCUGCAAUUGCUGAUGACCCUAAAGAAGUUUGUUCUGUCGAUGACACUCCUGUCUUACCUGCUAAUGUUGAAACUGUUGAUCUAUCAAGCCCCCACAAGUCUGAGAAAACAGGUGGAAUCCCAGUCUACACUGCCACAUCAUUAGGUGAAAGUCUGGAACAUGUGCGACACUUUGCUGGUCUACCAUCUGUUUCAAUCCCUCAACCGUAUCGAGUGAUUCAUCCUUCUGAAUUCUCCAACGAAGAUGAUAAAAUACUGGCUGAAGUGUAUGGAUCUCAAGCACUUCCAUCUGAUGUUCCAACUAUUGAGGCCACUGCUCAUCCUGACUCCACGACCUUCAAAAUUCGAGAAAUUUCGAAUAUUAUUGGGAGCUCAUCUGCCAAUGUUUCUGAUUCCAGUCACUCUGUGCCUCCUGUUCAAUCCCCAACCAAAGAAACAAGACGGUCUAAAAGGAAGAAUGUUCCAGUAAAGGUUGUUGUUGAGACUGGUGAUGACAGUGCUGAUGUGGAUCGGCCUGAGAAGAAAAGGAAGUCGAGUGAGGCUGUUAAGCCGGAAGGAAAUCCGCCUAUUCAACAAGUGUUCAAGACUCUGCGAUCGUCUGUUAAGCAAAAGGGGCUUGCUGUUCAAGCUACUUCUGUACCUGCACCAUCUGUCAGAAAAGGGAAGCCAUCCACACGAUCAAGAGGACGAAGCAUUGCUCUUGAGGUUCAACCUGUCGAAGAAACUGAUCCAUCUGUUUACAGGCCUCAGUUUGUUUCUCCUGCUGCUCAGACCAAAUAG